AUGGAUGCGAUCAAGAAAAAGAUGCAGGCGAUGAAAAUCGAGAAGGAUAAUGCUCUCGAUCGAGCCGAUGCAGCCGAAGAAAAAGUACGACAAAUGACGGAUAAAUUGGAACGAAUUGAGGAGGAACUUCGAGAUACCCAAAAGAAAAUGAUGCAAACAGAGAAUGAUUUAGAUAAAGCGCAGGAAGAUUUAGCUGUUGCAAAUACAAACUUAGAAGAUAAAGAAAAGAAAGUUCAAGAGGUAAACUUUCCUUUCGUUUCUCCCGUUUGUUUUGUUUUAUUUACUAUCUAUCGUUAA